AUGCUGUUCGUGGUUUUCAUUCUCCUCGCCAUCGCAAAUGAGUCGUUCGGAUUCAUCGACGACAGUUUAUAUGAUGGCAUCAAGUAUAUGUUCGAUGUCUACGCCAUUGAUAUCAAGACUGUGGACAAACAUUUGAAUACGAUGCGGUAUUUGUUGGUGAGCAAUCAAAGGCAAUCGUUCAAUCGGAUGUUCCGCGUCGACAUCAGAAAAGCGUUUCCAUUUGAGAGCUCGCCGGGAGAGUUUUUCGAGCUGGCUCAAAGGGUUCCCGAGUUUCGCAACUACUAUCAGGUCCGACUCGUCUCGAACCCGAUUCCGGUGAGCAGGGAUCGAGUCGAGUUCACUUAUGUGACGCAAUAUUGCAAAUUGGUCCGGAAUCAGUGCACAAAGAAGGAGUACCGACUCAAAGCAUAUUUGUCAAUGAAGGCCGACAGCCCCAGCGGGUUUGGAUUCGAUCAGCUUUAUCCGGCCUAG